AUGCUACGCUUCUGCCGACGGACAGCAAGGAAAAAUAACAAUAUAUCUUUGUCUCUCGAUGCAAAAGUCGAUAAUGCAGAAGCAUUUACCUUUGACCGUCUACGUAAAACGGGUAUUUCGGCUCGACAAUUGUUCGAUUGGUAUGCACCACUGGAUACUAUAGAAGAAUACAUACUAGGACAGAAUGAGGGGCAAUUUUUUAAUUGUUCUAAAACAGAAGGCAAUUUUUGGUUUGGACCAAGAUGCGAAUACAUGUUCAAUUCUAAUGAUACACUUGUCAACAUUAUUGUUAAUCAAUUUACGGAAAAGAAUAAUCAUGAAGUUUUGUUGUUCACAGAUGGUACAUGUUAUCCAAUGAACGAUGGCGAAUGUCAAUCUGUCCUGUGCUUAGACUGGAGAGAAAUCUGUGAUGGUAAAAUCGAUUGCAAGAACGGACUGGAUGAGUAUCGUUGUCAUGAGCUUGAAAUGAAUGAAUGUGAUUCUAGGACUGAAUAUCGCUGUCUUAAUGGACAAUGCAUUGAUCAAGGGUUGUAUUCAGACCGUGAAUUUGAUUGUUUGGACUUUUCCGACGAGACAUCCCAUAAUCGUGGCAAAGUAUGCUAUAAUGUUUUCACUUUGGAUUGCGAUGAUCGAUUAUGUCCUCCCACGUGGUUCUCAUGUGGUGAUGGCUCUUGCAAUGAUGGACCGAAUGUUGAUAAUGGACAAGGAUGCGAUUCUCAACGAGAUCGUCUUUACUUUAAACAAAUGCCACCAUCGACACUUAUCUUAUUCUCACAUGUAUCCCUGAUCUACGAUGAUACUCGACCAGAAUGGAUCUGCUAUAAUAAGACGCUAUGUCCGUAUCUUUCUAUGAACGAUUAUACUCUAUCGAAAUCGGUGACCUUCGAUGGUUUGACGUGUCAAGUAUUCAGCGUAUUCACAAAUCGAACUUAUACGAGUUUGUAUGAUAUGAUAAAAGAGUUCAAGCGCUUUGUGAGUUCAUGUUCACUCUCAUCUCAAAUUCACUCAUCGACGGAAUGUUCGAUGUUUUCAUGUGAUGAUAAAAGCAAAUGUCUCUCAUUUCAUUGCCUAUCGGAUGGGAAUGAGGAUUGCCCUAAAGGAGAAGAUGAACGUCAAAAUAAUACGUGUUCAUUAGCUCUUCCCCAUCGAUAUCAAUGUGACAAGGGAACACGAUGCAUUCCUUACGUACUCGUCGGUGAUAACAUAGUACAUUGUUCCGAUAGAAGUGACGAAUAUGGGUAUCAUAGUUUAAUAUGUUUUAAUCCAAACGACAAUGACUGUCGUCAUUUCCGAAAGCUACCAGUUCGUUACAGUUUAACUUUCCAUACACUGUGUAAUGGUGUUCCGGAAAAUAUUCUCGACUCGAAUAAUAACACAGAUGAAUCGGACUGUUUGAUGAAUGAAUGGCGUUGUCUUACCGAGCAUUCGAGGUGCAAUAAAGUGUGGAACUGUCCAGAUGGACGUGAUGAAGUCGACUGUAAUCAAGGUCCUCCCACAUUCGAAUUAUGUGUUAAUCAUACACAUUUCUGCUUGAAUAUGACGACUGGUCUUCCCAUAUGCUUGCCUCAAUCAAGAGCUGGUGAUGGUAAUAUUGACUGCGUGGGUUCAUUAGAUGAACGAGCGUUCUGUCGUACAGAAUAUCCGGGUGAUAUAAUGCGUCGAUAUCGGUGUCGAAAUUCUAAUCAGUGUAUUUCACCCAUGCAAAUUUGUGACUGUCAUCAAGAUUGUCCAGAAAAUGAUGAUGAAAUGAUUGCAUGCGUUUGGCUAAACAAUGGACAAGAACCUUUCUGUCAUCAUGUCGAUUUUCGAUGCCGCAACGGAAUACGUCUGGACUGCACUUCGAAGCCAUGCCGCUGUGACAGAAUUAGCUCCGAUUGUGCGGACAAUGAGGAUGAAUUAUUCUGUGAAUUGGUCGAUACCACUUGGAGUCGACCACUAUUACUGGAUCAGGUAGAACAAUAUCCCAAUGAGAAAUAUCUUGAAAUUGAACGGGGAUCAUCCGCAUCCGACGGUUUUAUUGCUUGGCAUUGCAAUCGAGGAUUGUAUGUUCGUUCGACAGAUAAUCCUUCCAAUUUCUAUUGCUUUUGUCCGGACUAUUAUUAUGGUGAUCGUUGUCAAUAUCAACGCAAACGAAUUAGUCUUAUUCUUCAACCAAUAAUCGCAGAGUCCUUUGAUCGUUUAUCAAUAUUCAAAAUUGUUGCUCUGUUAGUACGACAAAAUAGCAUCAUCUUGUCACAUGAUCAAUUUUUCUAUGUACCACAAGUUCAAUGUUUACCAAAGUAUUUCUUAAAUUUACUUUAUCCGAUCAAUGAAUCAUGGUCAUCAUCGUUUAAUCAUUCUGUGCAUGUUCACAGUUUCAAUGCACGUACACUUCAACAUCUUGCCUCAUGGCAAUUUGACGUACCGUUUGAUUUCUUACCUGUGAUUCGAAUAGUAAAACGUCUUCUCAUCGCUGAUACCGGGAUGACAGAUGAAUUAGCAUUUCCCACAGUGGACAAUCGGAGUUAUAAUUUGUGCUCCAUUUCUGCGAUCUAUCUCGGAUAUGAUAUUGAUCUUGGUCGAGACAUUUGUGUAUGUCCUUUAAACCGCAUUGGUCGUCGAUGUCUCAUAUCAUUCGAUCAAUGUAGUAAUGACAGUUGUUAUGGACAUGGACAAUGUAUACCUAUCGAUGAACGUUUUGAUGUGGGAAAACAGUUUAUAUGCUUAUGUGAUGUUGAAUGGUCUGGUGAUUUUUGUGAAAAACCAAAAGCAAUGAUUCAUGUGUCAUUUGCAUCAGGCAUUAUUAUUUCUUCAUUCAGAACUGCAUUAAUUCACAUCAUUUUGCAAGAUGCUUUGUCCACUCAUUUAACUUAUUUUCAUAGUUUGCACUCGGAAUUGUCAACCUUCACAGUAUUCCUGGAAAAGCAUGAACAUAUUAUGGGUCUUAUCUUCAUUCAACUACACGAAGAUCUUAAUCGAUUCGUCUAUUAUUUAUUGGCUGUAGAAAAAGGAAUGUUUGGUAAUCUAAAGCGAAACAUUAGUACCGAAGUUCAUCCAUCUCGUCGUUGUCGAUCGAUUGACGAAUUGUUCAAUGCCACUGUCAUCUCGCAACCUCGGUUACGUCGCAUCAAACACUAUCAACAGCCAUGUCUAAAACGAAUAUCUGGAGAAAAACUGAAAUGCUUUUAUGACGACGAGCUUAUAUGUGUAUGCGAUAAGACCAAUUAUGCCUUUUGUAUUAAUUUUGAAUCGGCAUCAUUCGAAUGUCUGUGGAACAAGUGUAGCAAUCGAGGAAAAUGCGUACAGAAUCAUGAAAUUUGUCCAUCGAGUUCCUUGUGUCUUUGUGAACCGUGCAGUUAUGGAUCAAUCUGUCAAUUCUCAACAGCUGGCUAUUCUCUCUCACUUGAUGCUAUUCUUGGUUCACAUCUAGGCACCAAAAAUACCAAUAUAUUUGAACAGACAAGAGUUAUUAAACUUAGUAUGCUUUUUCUCAGUAUAUUAUUUAUCACUGGCACUAUUCUUAAUGUAUUUGCCAUCGGUACAUUUGCCCAGAAAAUGACACAUAAAGUAGGCUGUGGUCUUUACUUAUUUAUUUCAUCAUUUCUUGGCCUUCUUACUAUGAUCAUGCUCAUGUGCAAGAUGAUUCUCUUGAUAUAUUUUGAACAACAAAGUAUAACUUGUUCACUUGUCGAAUUUCUCCUCAAAUGGGGACAAACAGGUUCUGGAUGGCUCAAUGCAUGUGUAGCAGUCGAACGUACUUUGGCUGUUAUUCGUCAGGCACAAUAUUCUAAUUUAGCAAGUAAACGUCGAGCAAAAUGGGUUGUGAUGAGUGUACUUCUGUUGAUGGGUGUUGUCUGUUCGCCAGAAUUAAUUUUUCGUCGAACAGUUAUUGAUAGGCAGGACCAGCGAGUAUGGUGCGUCUUCAAUCUCAAUAAUGAUCAAAGAAUAUUUCAAACACUCUAUUCAGUCUUGAAUAUAUUGUUAUUCAUAGUUCCCUUAUCGAUCAAUUUACUCAGUAGUAUUCUAAUCAUUAUGGGCACUUUUCGUUCAAAAACCAAAACAACUGUAAUUACCAAUGUCAAGUGCGAUGAUGUCGGCAGCGAAGCCACUAAAACUAACAAAACGAACGUGACGUUAGCCAAGUUGAACAAUCGAUCGGCAAUGAUCAAAGAGCAAAUUAUCAAACAUAAACAUAUAUUGAUCGCACCUGUUCUUCUCGGUAUUUUCUCCGUGCCACAUUCUGUGCUCGCUUUUAUUUUGGUAUGCACCAAGGUUGAUCGAAAUCCAUUUGUCACUUUAUCCGUUUAUUUGAUUGGCUAUUUCCCAUCGAUGGCAAUACCCUUUGCAUUCGUUCUACCGUCACAAACCUAUCGAAAAGCUUGUCAUUUAUGCGUCGAACAAAUUCUCCCACAAUGUAUUCGAAAGUGGCUUGAGACCCACCGUCGUCCUCGACUUUAA